AUGGAUAAAGCUCAAUCUACCGAGUCUACUACGCAAGCGCAAGCCAGCGCUCAGUCUGAGGCGACCUCGGUCUCUCAAGGUGCGAUAGAAGAUCUGUCUCUUGCCCUUGAAGACAUCGUUCACCUCGACGCUCUUGCAGGGACUGAGCUCACUAGUUCUCCAUCGAAUGCAGUCGCUGUCAACUCGACGGCGGUCUCUCCUACUGACGAGGAGAUCGAUGAAUUAAUGGAUACUGGUGAGCCUGAGCUACCCGCAGACUUCGACCCUUCGAAGACUGACGAAGGCCAAAAUCAAGUGCCCGAUGAAUCUAACAUCGAUCAUGCACUUAAUAAACCGUCGAACUCUACGACGAUACCCACCGCAAGUGGUGGAGCAAAGCUCGAUAGCGAAUUCGCUAAAAUCGAGCAGGAGUUCAACUCCACUGGCGGUUCUGCCUGGAACCCAGCGCUAUCCGUUCCGCAAUAUCACCACGGAACUAGGACUAUCCUACACUCGCCGAGACUUUGCAGAAGCUGCAAAGAGCGAGUUGUCCAUAUGAACGGAUGCUACAAGUUCCCGGGAAUGACGGAUGCUAUCGCCGCUCGUCAAUCCAACGACGAGUCCGUCAUAGCUGAGGCCAAGAAGUCCCAAUACUCCGAAGACACUCGGAAGCACUACGAGAUCGUCAAACAUAAAGACGACAAGAUAGUUGCACUUACCGCUGAAACCACGGCGCAACUAGAGACCAUCAACGGGCUCAAGAUCGAGCUCAAGAAUGCUAACUCCGAGCUCGAGGAGACUAAACGCAAAGUCGUCGAUCAGAGCAUUCAAGUCAAACUUCUUAAGAAGCAGCUCACCGACGCUAGCGAGUCUAAGUCCAACAAGAAGAAGCAUAAAUCUUCUCCCAAGGCGAAAACUGGCGCCUCAGCUCAGGAUAGUGAGUUGACAUCCUCUGCCAAUCCAGCUUCGCAGAAAAUAUCUACGACUUCUAACGACGAGCCUCCAGCCAUAGUAGACAACGAUGUGUCUAUGGAGGUCGAGAAUCCACAGACGGUUGAACCUAUCAACCUCAUCUCUACAGGAGAACCCGAAGCCGAGAUUGUCUCGAGCGUUGGAUGGCCUUCCAACACAGACAAGUCGAAUACCACCGACUUAACGAACCCUGAGACGAAACCAAUCGUCCUCAACUCCACUCCUGACUCUUCUACCCCGGAUAACACGGAAACCUACCUGGAUCCGUUCGGGAAUAGUUGGGAGGAGCGCCUUGUGCCUAUCGCCUGCUGGAACGACAUCAACUUUGGCGUUAUCCAAGCCCGCAAAAUGCAGCAGGAAGCUCUCGCUCAAUUGGCUUCAUCCCUGAGUAGCACCAGCUCAGGGAAUAAACGUAAAUUCAAUCCCGAUAGCGGGGACAGUUCCUCCGGCACUUGGACGAGAGUAUCUCACUCGAACUCUAGGAACGCUCCGAGCCAGAAGAUGACGGGCAAUUCCCCAUCUCCGAAACGUUCCAAGACCAAUGGGAACCGUCGCGAUGUCGUUCGUGACUACUCCUCCAUUCCGGUGAAGUACACCAAGGAGGAUGGCACGGCUUCUUAUGGCCAAGCUCCUCUUACCCCUACCGAGAACGCAUCGGACGCUGCUUGGGCUUCAUACUACAGCCAUCCCAGCGUUAACACCCCUCAGGGUGCAGUCCAAGACAACCAAGGACAUCUCUCUCUCGCCUGGGUCAAGACUCACCGAUUCUUGGCUAGGAUCGGGCCUUCUCCCCCUCCGGAAGACGCUCCGAGGCAUAUCAAAAAUGCCAUCAAGAAGGGAGUCAAUCGCUUCAAGCGAUUUGUGGCCCUUCAAGCCUCCGUUCCUGGAAAUCUACAGGAAAAAUGGGUCGAGCAUGGAUUUAAUUCACUCGAGCCCAUCGGCCCCAAGGUCGGACGUAUUACCGACCUCGAUGACGUUCCUAUCCUCAAACAUCUGAGGCUCGCAAUCAAUAACGCUCAGCUGUUGAGCGAAAUCGAGUUCUGGGCUCGUACGCGCCGAAACUGCACGGAGAAGCUAGCCAAUCACUACGAUGGCGAUUACUCCUCGGCGCCGAACCAAGCUUCCCUGUUCGAGUUACGACAGGCGAACGCGAAUCGAGGACACGCUGUCUCUCAAUCCCAUCCCACCUCGCAGUGGUCGACACAGACCCAAACGGUGAUGCCUGAUAUAGGCCAGACCCUCCAACCGAUGGCCAACUCUUUCCAUGACUUUGCGGCGAAUCCCCUGCCUACCUUUAUGCCGAUCGGUCCGACGCCAAUUCAACCUAUCCCCAUUUCUACCCCGUCCCACCGAUCGCUAGGCAUCGCUCAGUCCUCGUUAUCCUCAAACGAGUAUCGGAACAAUUCGAGUCUGCCAUUCGGUCAGACUUACUCUGGACCUAUUCAACCGUUGAACAACAACGGCUAUAACUAUCAGGCCAACCAGUUUGGUGUUCAAACGAACAACGCGUACUAUCAAGCGGGGCAGAACUCCUUACCGAGCAUCGCAAACUAUGCGAACGGUCAAGUUGCUCCGCAGAGUAAUUACUACUCACCUCAUGGGAUUCAGAGCUCGUACUCUCAGCCACCUCCUCCUGCCUCGACUCCUCCUCCUCCUCCUCCUAUGAUGGACAUACGUUGA